AUGGCUUCCGUGCGGUCGUCUCGCUUGGGCCCCCUCCUCCUGCUCACCCUCUUCUUCGUGGCCGGGCAAUCGAUGGAUCUACAGCACUGGCAAUGCGGCAGCGAGGCCUUCACCAAGAACUUCUCCUACACCCUCGUCCACAACGACUGUCCGGCCAUUGCGGGCGAUCUCAACCAUUGCUGCGUGGUCCACGACGACUGCUACGUGAAACAGAAGGGCCAGGAGUAUUGCGACAAGGUGUUCUGCGAUUGUACUACGUACGUUCUACACGGGCUGGAUGCUGAGAAUUGCCAAAGCUAUUCGGAUACGACGUGCUUGAUGAUGCCAUUUUUCGGGAGUGUCGCCUACGAGAAUAGCUACAAUUGGACUCCCCCGGCAAACAUGCUUCACCUUCGCCCGCCCGGUGCACUGAUCCAGCCGUUCGAUCAACUCUACAGUGCUUGUCCUGAUGUUUCUACCGUACUCUCCUCGUGCUCGUACAACUACAUCGAAUGCGGCUUCUCCGGCAAGGGCAUCAUGAACUGCGGCCGAGAUUUGAGUCGCUGUAUUACGACGGCUACUGCUGAGAUUGGUGGCCACUGCGCGGUGGAGACGGAGCGAAUCUCGGAUAUUAUCAAAAAAGAAACCUACCGCUUCUUCGAUCUCACCGACUCAUCCAACAUGUAUCUACUGAAGAUGGGAUUGCUGGUGUUUGUGAUCGUGUUCAUCUUCUUCUCGCUGUUCACACUGCUCUACCGGCACUACAAUCGCUGGGUGCUGAAUUCACGCGGAUCGAUGGAAGACAUCAAAUACCAAUCUGUC